AUGGAUAACUACCAGAAAAUCGAGAAAAUUGGCGAAGGAACUUACGGCGUCGUCUACAAAGCUCGCGAGCUGAACCAUCCAAACCGCGUCGUUGCUCUGAAGAAGAUCCGACUGGAGGCCGAGGAUGAGGGCGUCCCCAGUACCGCGAUCCGCGAGAUCUCCCUUCUCAAGGAAAUGAAACACCCGAACGUUGUCCGCCUGUUCAACAUCGUUUAUGUCGACAGCGACAAACUUUACCUCGUCAUGGAGCUCUUGGAUCUUGAUCUGAAGAGGUACAUGGAUACCCUACCCGUCCAUGAGGGUGGUCGUGGUAGAGCGCUCCCGAAUGGAUCGAAGAUGAGCGUUGGUCUAGACGGACCUAUGGUGAAGAAAUUCAUGGGCCAGCUGGUCGAGGGACUCCGCUACUGCCACAGCCACCGGAUCCUGCACCGAGAUUUGAAGCCACAGAACCUGCUUAUCGAUCGAGAGGGAAACUUGAAGUUAGCCGAUUUCGGACUGGCGCGCGCCUUUGGCGUCCCGCUGCGAACGUACACUCAUGAGGUGGUUACGCUUUGGUAUCGCUCUCCGGAGAUUCUGCUCGGUGCACGCCAGUACUCCACCGGGGUUGACAUGUGGUCUGUUGGAGCUAUCUUCGCAGAGAUGUGCACGCGCAAGCCACUGUUCGCUGGUGAUUCGGAAAUCGACGAAAUAUUCAAGAUCUUCCGUCUCCUUGGAACCCCCGACGAAGUGACCUGGCCUGGCGUUACCUCGUUCCCCGACUACAAGUCGUCGUUCCCCAGGUGGAAGCGCACCUCUGGUCCGCUGGUUCCGGGGUUGGAAAGUGCUGGGUGUGACCUUCUCGAGGCUCUGCUUGAGUAUGACCCUGCUCAGAGGCUGUCUGCGAAGCAGGCGUGCAUGCACCCUUAUUUCAGCGAUGACGGCACUCCCUAG